GCCAUGCCCCCCCCUGCAGAGGUGACGGAUCCGUCCCAUGCUCCUGCUGUCCUGCGUCAACUCAAUGAGCAGCGGCUCCGUGGGCUUUUCUGUGACGUCACCCUCAUAGCCGGAGACACCAAGUUCCCUGCUCACCGGAGCGUCCUGGCUGCUUCUAGUCCCUUCUUCAGAGAGGCCUUGCUUGCUUCAGCCCCACUGCCCCUCCCACCAGUUACUGGGGAUUUGGCCCCCAACCCUGCUACCACCACAGCUGCCACCUCUUCCUCCUCAUCGUCUUCCUCCUCCUCUCCCCCUCCAGCAUCGCCCCCUACUUCAUCCCCACCCCGGGUCCUGGAGCUGCCAGGGGUCCCAGCAGCUGCCUUCUCUGAUGUUCUCAACUUCAUCUAUAGUGCACGGCUCGCACUUCCUGGUGGGGGAGGGGACGGGGCAGCUGUGGCAGAGAUUGGCGCUCUGGGAAGACGGCUGGGCAUCUCCCGCCUGCAGGGCCUUGGGGAGGGAGGCGAUGCCUGGGUACCUCCUGCCUCGACACCCAUGGCCACCUUACAGCCUGAAGAGGACAGCUUCGGGCCUGGGACUAGGCCUACUGGGGAGUGGGAGGGUGACGGAGCUGAGGCCCAGGCCCCUGACUCACAGCCCACUCUGUCCCGACGGCUCCUCCCCUGUCCCCGAUGUGGGAAAAGUUUCAUUCAUCCCAAGCGCCUGCAGACCCACGAGGCUCAGUGCCGACGAGGGGCCAGCACUCGGGGCUCUGCAGGGCUGGGAGCUGGGGGCGCUGGCCCUGGUGGUCCUGCAGGAGUGGAUGCCUCAGCCCUGCCCCCACCAGUGGGCUUCCGAGGUGGCCCUGAGCAUGUGGUGAAGGUGGUGGGCGGCCAUGUGCUAUAUGUGUGCGCAGCCUGCGAGCGCUCCUACGUGACCCUGUCCAGCCUGAAGCGACACAGCAACGUGCACUCAUGGCGGAGGAAGUACCCCUGCCGCUACUGUGAGAAGGUGUUUGCCCUGGCUGAGUACCGCACCAAGCAUGAGGUGUGGCACACUGGGGAGCGCAGGUAUCAGUGCAUCUUCUGUUGGGAGACUUUUGUCACUUAUUACAAUCUGAAGACCCACCAGCGAGCCUUCCAUGGCAUUAGCCCGGGCCUCCUAGCCAGCGAGAAGACACCCAAUGGAGGCUAUAAGCCCAAGCUCAAUACUCUCAAGCUGUACCGCCUGCUCCCCAUGAGGGCAGCCAAGCGACCCUACAAGACCUACAGCCAGGGAGCCCCUGAGCCCCCUCUUUCUCCAGGCUUGGACACAGCAGCCCCUGCAGCAAUCCCAGCCAGCCCACCACCUGGGCCCCCACCUGCCCCAGAGCCUGGGCCCCCACCCUCUGUCAUCACAUUUGCCCACCCAGCCCCCUCUGUCAUUGUCCACGGCGGAAGCAGCGGUGGUGGGGCAGCGAGUGGGCCCGGCAGCACAGGAGGGGCCCAGGCUGCCUCAGUCAUCACUUACACCGCUCCCCCGCGGCCUCCCAAGAAACGGGAGUACCCGCCGCCUCCCCCUGAGCCUGCAGCCACACCAACCAGCCCAGCCACGGCGGUCAGCCCAGCCAUGGCAGCAGGGCCAGCCACAGCCACAGAGGAGGCCAAGGGCCAGAAUCCGCGUGCUGGGAGGACUCUGACGUAUACAGCCAAGCCAGCGGGUGGAAUCGGCGGGAGCGGGGGUCCCCCUGCGGGGCCUGGCCGGGGCCCCUCCCAGCUCCAGGCUCCCCCUCCGCUGUGUCAGAUCACUGUGCGCAUUGGAGAGGAGGCCAUUGUCAAGCGCCGAAUCUCAGAAACUGACCUGCGUCCUGGGGAGCUGAGUGGAGAGGACGGAGAGGAGAGUGAGGAGGAGGACGAAGAGGAGGAGGAGGAAGAGGAGGAAGAAGAAGAGGAGGAGGAGUCAAAGGCUGGCGGGGAAGAUCAGCUCUGGAGGCCCUACUACUCCUACAAGCCUAAGCGUAAAGCUGGAGGCGCCAGUGGCGGCAGCAGCAGUGGGGGCAACGGGAUGUCCAGAGGCCGGCGGCCGCCGCGCUGGAGGCAGAAGCUGGAACGGAGGAGCUGGGAGGAGACCCCAGCAGCCGAGGGCCCAGCAGGGCGAGCCCGCAGUGAGCGGAGGCACCGCUGUGGGGACUGUCCCCAGACAUUCGCCACCCUGAGGAAGCUGCGAAAACACCAGGAAGUUCACAGCGGCGGCUCCCACAGCUCCCGGGCUGGACGGAAGCCUUCUAGCCGCUUCACCUGCCUGCAUUGCGCCAAAGUGUGCAAGACGGCAGCUGCCCUGAGCCGUCACGGGCAGAGGCAUGCUGCUGAGCGGCCCGGGGGCACCCCCACACCUGUCAUUGCCUACUCCAAGGGCAGCGCCUGCACCAGACCCGGGGAUGUCAAGGAGGAGGCGCCUCAAGAGAUGCAAGUCUCCUCAUCCAGCGGGGAGGCAGGGGGCGGAGGCGCUGCUGCUGAGGAAGCUUCUGAGACCGCCUCCCUUCAGGACCCUGUCAUCUCAGGGGGUGAGGAGCCCCCGGUGGCGGCAGGAGGGGGCAGCUAUACCUACCCACCUGUGCAGGAAUUCCCACUGGCUCUGAUUGGGAGUGGCCGGGAACCUGGCAGUGGCAGGGGAAAGCCUGGGAGUGAGGGGCCGGUGGGGGCUGGGGAGGGGGACCGAAUGGAGGGGAUGGGGGCUGCCAAAGUAACCUUCUAUCCCGAGCCCUACCCACUCGUCUAUGGCCCCCAGCUCCUGGCUGCCUACCCUUACAACUUCAGCAACCUGGCUGCUCUACCAGUUGCUCUCAACAUGGUCCUACCUGAUGAGAAGGGUGGAGGGGCCCUUCCCUUCCUACCAGGGGUCUUUGGCUAUGCAGUGAAUCCUCAAGCAGCACCCCCUACUCCCCCACCGCAGGCUCCCCCAACUCUUCCUCCCCAAGUUCCCCCUAAGGGAGAAGGAGAAAGGGCAGGGAUUGAGAGAACCCAGAAGGGAGAUGUGGGGUGA